UGUAUUUACUUUUUGCUUUUGAGUAGGAUCACGUUGGAAAUAAGCAGUGUUUUUCUUGGGUUUUUUCGCUUUCAUGCGUUAUUCUGGUUUUGUAGUGUUAUAUUUACAUGUUUUGUUCGCAUGAUUCGUUAUUGGCAGAAUAAACUAAACCAAAUUAAAAAGGAGCACUUUUAUCACCAGUUUUUACAAUGAUCUGCAUUCUGCUGGUGGCCGGUCACGGAACCGUUUUACAGACACAAAUCAAGAAUGAUGACACAGGUUUAUACAGCCACCUGACUGGAAUACCAAAGGCUUUACUUCCUGGGAUCAAAGGAAAGAAGAUCCUGGACUUUUGGUGGGAAACAGUCAACAUGCGACAGCUGUUCACAGAUGUGUAUCUGGUCACUAAUGCAGACAAGUACAAGCACUUUGAGCGCUGGGCCACAGCCAGUGACUUCCCCGUGGAAAACGUGGUCAACGAUGGCAGCACCACCUUGGAGGACCGUCUCGGAGCCGUGGCUGACCUCGAGUUGGUCAUCCGUAGCCGCAAGCUGCAGGAUGACAUCAUGGUGAUUGCUGGGGACAUGCUUUGUGCAGACCAGAACUUUGACAUUGCUCAAGUUAUCCGCUUCUUCAAGUCAAAGGCUGGAGAGCUGAUCAUUUACUAUGAGCUGGAGGAAAGUGAGAAAAGCAGCUCCAGAGGCAUCGUGGAGGUCUGUCCAGACACUCACAGGGUAACCUGUUUUUUGGAGAAACCUCAGGAAGGGUUGACAUCAUCGCGGCUGGCCAGCGUAGUGUUUUACUGCAUCCAGAGAAAAACGCUGUCACAUCUGUCUGAGUUCCUCAGUCUGCAGUCUCAAGCCUCACACAGAACCUUUGGACAGUUUUGGGAGUGGCUCAUCAAUGAUGUGAAAUGUGAUGUUUUUGGUAUGAAGCUGCCUGCUGGCUUCCAGCUCAUUGGACAAGUGGGUCUGUCAGACUACACCAAAUGGCUCACCCACUACUCAACCAAACAAGAAGACAAUCAUGCUAAACCAAUUACAUGCCGGUCAUAUGCAAGGGUUGGAUUAAUGGGGAAUCCAUCAGACGGUUUCAAUGGCAAAACUAUCGCUAUGUCCAUCUCUAACUUCUGGGCCGAGGUUACCCUUAUGGAGAGUCAGACUUUGGUUUUAGUGCCUCACCCACUCAAUGACCCCACAGAGUUUGGAAGCUUGCAAGAUUUGUUUUGUAUCAGCAGAAAGGAGGGCUAUCUAGGAGGUCUCCGGCUGCUACAGGCUACAUGUAAAAAGUUCUACCAGUUCUGCUCAAAGCAAGGCAUUGCAUUGACAAAGCAGAACUUCACACUGAAAUAUGACACCAACAUUCCUCGGCAAGUGGGCCUUGCUGGAAGCAGUGCCAUCGUCUCUGCUACACUUAAGUGUCUCAUGAAAUUCUACAACAUCACAGAUGGUGAUCUUCCAAAACCAAUCCGAGCAAACUUCAUUCUCAACGUGGAGACUGAUGAGCUCUUCAUCACCGCCGGACUGCAGGACAGAGUUGUGCAGGUUUAUGAAGGCUUGGUCUACAUGGAUUUCAAUAAGACGCUCAUGGAAGAGCAGGGUUAUGGGGACUAUGUGUCUAUGGACAUGACUGAGCUUCCACCAUUCUGGUUGGCGUACCUGAGCGACCCCAGUGACUCUGGCCGUAUCCACAGUAACGUCCGACAGCGCUGGCUCAGUGGGGAACCUCUGGUCAUUGAAGCAAUGAAGACUUUUGCUGAGCUCACUGAUCAGGCGAGGAUUGCUGUUGAGAGCAGAGACUGGAGUCAGCUGGCACAACUGAUGGACCAGAACUUUGAGUUGAGAAGGUCUGUCUACAGUGACGACUGUCUGGGUCCAGGAAAUCUCAAGCUGGUUCAGGUGGCAAAGGAAUUUGGCUCUGCUGUAAAGUUACCAGGCAGCGGCGGGGCUGUGGUGGGUCUAUGUUUGGACCCAUCAAAGCUGGUGGCAAUGAGACAAGCUUUCCAGGAGGCAGGGUGUGUGUUCUGUGUCAUUGCUCCAUACAACCCGUCUGCCAACACUUAACAACGAUGUGACACAAUCAUCUCACUGACAGUAAACUUAGACUGUGUGUGGCCCCUCAGCUUACUCUGCUCCUGAGGUGAUUUAUUCUCAUACAGGACAUAAAAGAUCACUUUAAUAAAUUACACCAAAGCCAUAACAAUAAGUGGGAAUGCUACCUCUUUUAAGAUGGGUUAUCUAAUAAUAUACUAGACUGUGCCAAUCAUGUUUUCAUGUUAUCAAGUUUUGUUAUCAUUCUUUCUGUGAAAAUUUAUUUCAUGUUGCAAAGUAUUUUUGAAAAUAGCUUGAUAAGUUAUUAGCAUAUUCAUAUGCCAAAUUUACAUUGUUUUCACUACAAUAUAAAACCCAACUUCAGUAGUUUUCUUUUUUGAUCUUUUAAAAUCAGUUAUAGCUGACUUCAUUUUAUUAUCUUUGUAUUUUAAUGGUAAUUUUUGUACACAAUACAUUUUUACAAAUUUUAUGUCCUGUAAACUGUAUCUCAUAGAUGUAUGGAGGCCCUAUUUUGGGGAAAAAUAAAUGAACUCCCACCCAACUCAUG